ACCAUGUUACUUGUGUUGGAAUGAAAGAUAUUUAUCAGUGGAGACACAGAUUCAGCAGAUCCACAGAGAGACGAGACCUUUGCUGUACAUGAACACUGAUUGUUGGAGGAGGAGGAGGAGGUUAGCUCAGACAGGGGGUCUUUGUGGGCCCCCGGACAAAGAGCCACUCUCAGUCCACUGCCCUCCUCCUCAGAGGGAGUCCAGUGACAGUGGAGCUCGGACACCAAACCAGCCGGACGCUCUGCUGCUGAGCUCCGUCCUCCCGUCUGCUUCAGGUCCAACUGUGAGAAGACAUGAAGCUCUGCCUCGGACUCUUCCUGCUGCUCUGCUGUGGGACGCUUCAUCUGGCUUCUGGACUUCGCUGCUACAAAUGCUCAGAUUACACCGGACGCUGUGAGAACGUCCAGGAGUGCACGUACGAGGACUCCUGCAUUUCUCUGAGUGAACGAGGUGGAAAGACCAUCCGUCAGUGCAUCAGAUACACAGACUGUGAUAACUCUCGCCUCACCCAGAUGUUCCCGGCAAUCUCCGGCUUCACUUACCGCUGCUGCAGCAGCAACCUGUGCAACUCCAGCCAUGCUGUCACCGUGGCCAAGCCCCUCCUGGCGCUGCUGGGGUCGCUGCUGAUCAACUGGUCUUGUUGGACCUCCUGAUCAACUGGUUCUGUUGGACCUGCUGAUCAACUGGUCCUGUUGGACCUCCUGAUCAACUGGUUCUGUUGGACCUGCUGAUCAACUGGUCCUGUUGGACCUCCUGAUCAACUGGUUCUGUUGGACCUGCUGAUCAACUGGUUCUGUUGGACCUCCUGAUCAACUGGUUCUGUUGGACCUGAAGACGCUGCGGCUCAAUGAACUGGUUCCUGAUCAUUUAUGAUGUUUUGUGACGUUAACAUGAACUAAAGUGAGAGUUGAUGUUUGUUUUUGGUAGAUUCUGUAACUUCCUGUUUCUCAUAUUAAAAACUUUUUUACAUUAGUUUAACAAUAAACA